UCGCAAUCCCUUGCCCACAUAAAUCACCGAUAGAAAAUCCACUUUUGCACUACUCGAGGCGGUUUGUAAUAUCUCCAAUCAUCGCGACAUCGUCUUAGGAGUAUCAGUCUCCGACGUAAUCGUGCAUCUCUCUAGAUCUCUGCCCUGAUUUUGCUUCUAAAAACAGACGUCUUGUAAGAUGGCUGAUAAUGAGGACGGUGAGGGAAAUGUCGCUCGUGGAAAUGAAUGGGAAGUUGUGUCACUUACAGCAUCAGCAUAUGCUGCUGCACCUGGUCCGGGAGAAGCUGAAGUGAGGGAUGAUGACCAGCGUGCUGUUUAUGAAGAGUCUGAUGUGGAAGCUUCUUCUGCUUUGUUUUUGUCUGGUCACUUUGUGUUUCCUCCCAGCCAGCAUGAAAAUUUGCCAGUGGAUCCUGAGAUUCAGGAUGAACAAGUAAAGGAGGAUGAGGCCUCUAAAUUGGGUGAGGAAGAAGGGGGUGUAUCUAGCACAAAGGAUGAUGAAAUCUGGAAUUUGAAAGGGCUUAAUAUGUCUGAUGAAUAUCCAGGGAUAAAAAUUUUUGAUGAGAAGGGUAAAAGUCUCUCUGUUCAUGGUACAGAAUUUGAAGAAGGCCCCAUGUUACCAAGUCUGAUCAAUAAGGAACAGAGUUUAUACAGUUCAGCUACUUUUAGUUCUUUGCGCAGCGAAUCGGCACUUGGUGGGUCACCUGCAUAUGGUGAGACACUGGAUGUUCCUGAGGUAACUGAUCCUUCUGAGCAAGACCCGGAUUUUUCUAUGGACAUCUCACAGCCUCCAAAGCCUGCAAAAGAAGAAAAAUAUAAUGGCUCAGAACUUCCUUGUAACGCUUGGUGGAAGAGAAGGGCAGCUUCCUUGUUUUCUCAUGCAAAAGAGGCAAAUACAUUUUGGUCUGUUUUCAUUGCAGCAGCUGUGAUGGGCCUCGUGAUUAUUGGGCAGCAAUGGAAGCAAGAAAGGUGGCAAGCAUUGCAAGUUAAGUGGCAGCUUGCUAUCACUGAUAAGGCAGGAUGAUGGGUCUGAUUUCUCGGCUUAAAAAUGUGAUCGUGGGCGGCCAUUGUCAUGGACUGCUCUUCAAAUGAUAACUGAGAUGAGAUGACGACGAAAGAUUGCGAGAGAGAAUUUAGGAUGAUAUGCUAGUUUGAUGUGUGGUUCACUUAUUUGCCAUGAUGGAAGUACAUAGCUAUAUGCUUGAAGUUUGACAUUACUGUAAAUAUGUUGUUUUGGUGGUUUAUUUGAUCGCCAGCAUGGCGGUAAUGCUCUCCUUACCUUGGCAGUCUGUAUGGCUAAAUAACUGAGGUGACUUUACUAUUUAGGAUUACUGGAAAAAAAUAAAAUGAGAGGAGACAUUGUCAACGAA